GGGGUAUUGGCUGGGGUGGAACAGUCCUGUAAUGAGCAGAUUUUAGAGCAAGAGAGAGAGAGAGCGAGGGAGGGAGAGAUAGAAAGAGAAAGAGCGAGAGAGAGGCCGAAAAACAAGAGAGAGCAGAUGACUUGGUGGAAUUGGGAUACAACAACAAUCCAGAUUUAGGCGAGCGCUGAAAUGAAGAGGACAAAGGGAAGAGGAGAGGAAUAAUUUAUUUUUUCUUCUGUUUUUUUUUUUUUUUUUCUCUGUUCGCACCCUCAUCUUCAGGAGAGAGGCUCAUCUUUAGAUCACAGCAGAGCAGGAGAGAGGAGGAGAGAGGGAAGAAAUAAGAAGAGCCAGAGAGAUAUUCACACUCUGUUAUGUCUGUCGAGCAGCAUCCCCGUCCUGUAUCCGUCUCCUGUGUGCCGGUGCAGCAGGGAUGUGGGGAUGCUGUAAUGUCUGAUUGAGCUGAGCUUAGUCGCUGCUGCCACCGCCACUCUGUGGGCCUCUGGGACUGGUGGAAAAGCCUAGGCCUCGCUUGUCUGGAGCGCCCCACUGCACGGCUGAGGCAACGGGCCGGCGAGCUCCCCGGCUGUGAGGCUGCGUGGAGCAGGAAGGUGGAGGAGGAAGUGGAGGAGGAGGAUGAGAAGCACUCUGAGCCUGCAUGCCCAUGGGAAGCAGCGUGCACGGCAGCUGCGUUCAUCACUCCAGACCCAUCGCUGAGGCUUAGAUUGCUUCUCCAUCGUAAGGUGAUGCUCUUUGGGUCCGUGUUGUGCUCUUUUUAAACCGAGGACCCGGUGUUUUACAUCCUAAAGUAACAAGAGGGAGAGUCGAGGCCCUGCACCUCCAUGCUACCUGAUUCAGACGAGGUCUCCUCCCUCUUUGCUCAUUCUGAGUGAACCAGGCCCUUGUUUUUUCUUUUUCUUGACGUUCUAAGGAUUUGCCUAAACCUGUUUCAUGCAUGUCCACUGGAGGCAGGUUUGACUUUGAUGACGGGGGGUCGUACUGCGGGGGGUGGGAGCAGGGUAAGGCCCAUGGCCGAGGGGUCUGCACGGGGCCCCAGGGUCAAGGCGAGUAUGCGGGGGCCUGGAGCCACGGCUUUGAGGUCCUGGGCGUGUACACGUGGCCCAGCGGGAACAGCUACCAGGGCACCUGGGCACAGGGCAAGCGACAUGGCAUUGGAGUGGAGAGCAAGGGCCGAUGGGAGUACAGAGGGGAGUGGACACAAGGGUUCAAAGGCCGCUAUGGGCAGCUGGAGAGCACGGCCAGUGGGGCCCGGUACGAGGGGACAUGGAGCAAUGGUCUACAGGAUGGAUAUGGCACUGAAACCUACUCUGACGGAGGAACCUACCAAGGCCAGUGGCUGGGUGGGAUGCGUCACGGCUAUGGUGUGCGGCAGAGUGUACCGUACGGCAUGGCGGCCGUCAUCCUCUUCCCUCUGCGAACAUCCAUAAACUCCCUCCGCUCUGAGCACAGCCACGGCCCUCCGGCUGUGCUGGAGGAUGGCACCGCCACCACACCCACAGACGGGGUGGUGGCCGGGCUGGCUGGGAGCCCAGUGGGCCGAGGUGGGUUUGCUCUGACGGCCCCAAGUGAAGCUGAACGCCAGAGGAAGAGAAAGGGCCGUUUUCGUCAGUCCAUCCUGAGUGGCCUGAAGCUCCGACGCUCAGAGUCCAAAAGCUCUCUGGCCAGUCAGCUCAGCAAGCAGAGCUCCUUCUGCAGUGAGGCUGGGAUGAGCACCGUCAGCUCUGCUGCAUCUGACAUCCACUCCAACGCCAGUGAGAGCGAGCAGGGCGCCCCUGUGGACGCCACUGUCACAGAAAUGUAUGCCGGUGAGUGGCGCAGUGACCAAAGGGCUGGCUGGGGUGUGAGUCGGCGCUCAGACGGCCUUCAUUAUGCAGGUGAAUGGGCAGGGAACAAGAGGCACGGAUAUGGCUGCACCACCUUCCCUGAUGGCACCAAGGAGGAGGGAAAGUACAAGCAGAAUGUGCUGGUGAGUGGAAAACGCAAGAACCUGAUUCCACUGAGGGCCAGUAAAAUCAGAGAGAAAGUGGACCGAGCUGUUGAAGCUGCUGAGAAGGCCGCAGACAUCGCCAAGCAGAAAGCAGAGAUUGCCAUGUCAAGAAUGAGCCACGCUCGUGGGAAGGCAGAGGCAGCUGAGGGAGUGGCGCAGAAGGCCAUGGAGGAGUGUCGACUGGCCCGGAUUGCUGCCAAAGAGCUCUCCCCCUCCUUCCACAUCUAUGGGAAUGGGCUCGAAUGUCAGAGGCCCAAGCACCAGGACGCCAAGGACAAAGACCAUGAGGUCAUCUCCACAGGAACAGACAGUCCGGAGCUGUGCACUCCGGACACCACGCCGCCUGUAAUAACACCUGAUCUCAGCCCCGUGCUGAGCGUACCCACCUCACCCCCCCACAGCCCGCCCAAGCACGCCCAUCGCCCCAGAAAUGCUUGCUUCAUGCGCCAGAGCGCUGUGGACGAUCAGGGCGGGGCCGAGAUCCAGGUGCUGGUGGAGGGGCGGGGGGUGGAUCUGCCGAGGGGCGGGGCUAACAAUUGGACUGAUGACAUGUAUCCGGAGCGAGGAGGCAGCAGCCGCUCUACCACACCCUCCCUUCUGGAGGAACAGGAGGGCCAAAUCAACGGCCACGAGCAAGCCCCUCUGUCCAACCACAAACCGCGGGAGAAAUCCUUGUCCAAUCACAAGUCGCGGGAGCACGCUUCCUCCUACAGAGCAUGGGAGCACUCCUUGUCCAACCAAAAGCCCUCUAAGCAUGCCUCUUCCAAUCACAAGUCAAGGGAGUACUCAUCCUCCAAUCACAAAACAUGGGAUCAUUCUUCCACCAAUCACAAGGCCUGCGAGCAUGCCUCUUCCAACUACAAGCCGCAGGUGCACAUUUUAUCCAAUCACAAGGCCUUGGAACAUAACAUGUCCAAUCACAAGACUUCUGAGCAUGCUUCUUCCAAUCACAAGCCCCAAGAUUAUAUCUCCUCUAAUCACAAUGCAAAGGACCACGUCUCAUCUAGUUAUAACCCUCGAGAGCAUGUCUACUCCAACCACCAUCCAAAGCAGCACAACCCCUCCAACCACAAGCUUAACGAGCAUGCUGUAAUCGACCAAAGGCUAGAUGGCCUCACUGUGGGCUGGACUGCUGAAAGCACCCUUAGGUGGAGCCCUGCCCAUUCACGCCUCACAGAGCAGGACGAGGAGAGGAUGAAUGACUAUACGGUGGACAUGAGGCUUCAGUGUCCAGACUCGCAGACAUCUCGGGGGCUGGGCCAGGAGUCCCCGCCCCCCAAAAACAACAGGCUGCGAUCCCGGGGCCUUCGGCCAGUCAGAGAGGGAUCCAUGGACUCUGUACAGAUGCUGGACAACCUGAAUGUGGGGGCAGAGCUGGAGGAGUGGCCGCUGCACAGGGACCUCACCCUCUCCCCGCCCCUUAAGUCUCAGCCCAUCACUCUGGAGCAGGAAGGAGAGCAUCUCACCCUCAAAUCAAACUCAGGCUCCAGCUCUAUUCUGGUGGUUAUGGUCAUUUUACUCAAUAUUGGAGUAGCCAUUCUUUUCAUUCACUUCUUUAUUUAAGCUUAUACAGGUAUGAUCUACUAAGACUUAUUGAUAACUACAGUAUAUUAUAUUAUUACUUACUGAGUCGGACAUUCUGCCUAUUCGACUGGAGCCCGCAGCCCGAGUGACGGACACAGCAGAGCCUUUCUAUUGUUGCUACUGGUCUUUUCACUUCUGUUGAAGCCCAUUUCAGUUUCUCUGAGAGCGCCAUUCCUUUUUCAAAUGCUUAUUUUGAGCUUGCAACCAUAGGGGGGGAAAAGGUGAUUAGAUAAGAGUAAAGCAGGAGAGGAAAGAGUGCAGCUUUAAACUAGCGAGGUGUAUGAGGACACACAUGCAUGGGUGUCCAUCACAUGUUGUUAAACGGACUGGAGAUGGCACAGGCAGUUUUGCCCAUUUUUCCAUCACUCUAGACAACAAUAUAGCAACCCCUGUUUCCUGGUUAUCAUGAGAAACAUGGUAACUGAGAGCAUGACACACACACUCCCAUCAUCCUAAACCCCACAGACAAUAACCCCCCCCUUUAGCCUUUUAACCCUUUCCCCUCUCAGUCCAGUCCACUAGUCUCUAACCCCUCUUCGCACUAUGCGCUACAUACAGAACUAUGCUGCAAGAGUAGAUCCAUUUAAAAGGGCUCCGUCAUUAUUCUUUUCUUUUUCUCCACUAUGAACUACAUAAACACACACAACCAUUGCAUGAGGCUGUGUGAGGUUUUAAAAAGUGCAUUUUCUAUCCCUUUAACAUCACUGUUCUGUCUUCAUUUAUACGCACUCCAUCCCGAUCAUCACUUCUUGUCACCGCACCUGUCGGCAGAGCAUUUGGAAAUGACUUCAACGUCCAAUCCAACCACCCAACCAAAUCACAGAAUCUGAGCCUAACAAUCAGAUUCACAUUUGAUUUCAUGAAUCAAACAUCAGUAACUAACACACACCAAGACCUAUGGGUCUAAUCCUCGAAGAACUUCCUGAAUUUAUUGUAAGUGAAGUGAAAUUUUAUGUCAACCCACACACACAUUUGCAAGCAAAAAACCAACCAAAAAAACAAAAAACAAAAAAAAAAAACACAUAAUACACAUUUAACUGCUGACAUACUUGGGAGGAUUCAGCCUUGCCCCUUUGUACAGCCUUGAGACUGU